UAUUGAAUAAAUUAAAAGAAAAAAAAAAUCAAUGGAUAAAAAUAAACAAAUGUGUGCAUAAAAAAAGAGGUGUUGUGGAUAUCAUUUCAUUUCACUUAAUAAAUUUUUGGUUUAAUGUCUCCAUUAAAAAAAUUUCUAACUCCAUCCUUGCUUAUAAGAAUUUCUCAUGCCGGCGGUGCAUGAAAGGAAAGAAAAGGUCAAAUGAAAUUAUCUUUCAAGAAAAACAAAAAGAACUAAUUUCAGAUAACAUCCUACCCAAAAAAAUAACUUUAAGCUGAUAUUAAAUUGGACAAAUAUUAAGUUUAUAGUUGGUGCAAGACGUGACAUUAUAACUCACGCCAUGGAAUGGAACAAUGGCCCAUCGGCCUCCACAUGUUGAUCACAUUGACCUAAGGACCCAAAAGAUGCUUCUGGUCCCCCUUCCAUCUUCUUUCAAAUUUGUACCUCGGUAUAAAUCUGUGACUUCGAACUCUAAAUCAUACAGCACAACUUCUUGAACCAAUUCCCACAAGUUCUUACAAUUUCUCUCAAGUUUCAACGUUUUUAUAUGAUGAAAAGAGCAACAAUGGCUUCAUUCUCUGCCAAACCUUCAAAGCUUUACAAUGUUCGAUCGAUUAGUAUGCCGGUUAGGUCACAUCCAAGCACACUCAGAACCGAGGAAGAGCUGAACAAGCUCAAGGCUUUGGAGGCAGCAUUGACAUCUUCAUUGUCUUCGUCGUCGCCAAAGGCGGAUUCAAUAUGCAAAGCACUAGGUGGGCUCAAAGAGUUAUAUAUUUGCAUUGAGGAGCUUCUUCAAUUGCCAUUGACACAACAGGCUCUAGCCCUUCACCAGAAAGAGAAAUGGGUUGAAGAGCUGUUGGAUGAUUCUGUCACGUACUUGGAUGUUUGUGGCAACACAAGGGAUUCCAUUUUGACGAUGAAGGAAAGCGUUAGAGAUCUUCAAUCCACGCUUCGGAGAAGAAAGGUGGGAGAUUUGAGCGUCGAAGACAAUGUUAGUUCAUAUGUUCGCAUACGAAAAAGGAUGAAGAAGGAAAUUGUGCAGUUUAUGGUAUCGUUGAAGCAAAUGGAUAAAAAAUAUGAAGCAUUUCCUUUGGAUCUAGACAACCAUCUCGCCGCGGUGGUGAGAGUCCUGAGAGAGGCAAGUUUGAUCACCAGUUCCAUUUUUCACUUCCUGUCUUCAUUCCUUUCCACACCAAUUCUGAAGCCAAGGCCUAGCAGAUGGUCACUGGUUUCGAUUUUGUUGCACAAAGGGGUGUUGGUUUGUGACAACAACCAACACAAAAGCAUGAACGAGCUGGAAAAUGUAGAUAUUGCAAUUAGCAACAUGCUUGUCAAUAAUUCAGGUGAAGGUUUUGAGGAUGAUCAGAAGAUUCAAUCUGCACAAAGAAGGUUGGAGGUCUUGGAUUCAAGCAUUGAAGGCAUUGAAAAUGGUUUGGAGUGCUUGUUUAGGCUCUUGAUCCGCACCAGAGUCUCUCUCCUAAACAUGCUUUCUUGUUAAAAGAUCAUACAUCGAUUAGUUUCCAUUUAUUGUACCAUAUAAUCCCAGUAGCAGCAUCCGAAUUUUAAAGGAUCUACGUAUAUUCUUCUUCAUUUUUUCGAAAUGUGAAUUCUAUUGUACUUGUAUCUAAAUGUGUAUAUAUAUUUUAAACUGAUUUUAAUACUAUUUUGUUUAAGGAACCUCUAAAUUAAGUUUGCGACGUUCUGUUUGAGAAUUGUAAUCUUCUUUGAAAUCUAACGUCAAUCGUUUCCUA